AUGGCCACGAGAUACGUUGAAGAUAAUGACAUCUAUGCUCAAUACAGAUUUGAAGCAAAAGACACCACUGUCAAAAAUCUUGGCAACGAAAAAAAUUGGAAAAACAGUCUGAAAAAAGAAGAAGAACUUUUUAACGAGAACGUGGUGACAAGCGGUAGAAAUAAUAAUGAAAAAAAUAAAGAAACACAAAAUAAAAAGAAACUUUCCAAAUCAGAACAAGGUGAUAAAAACGGGAUCCAAAACAGCUCUCUUCCUCCUUGCCAUCGCCGAUCAAAAAAUCUCUGGAAUCGUGAAACACAAACUCCUUUCAGGAUGUUAGGACUUUAUAGUUACGAACAAGAAGAUGAUUUGUUGCAACAAAAUGAAGAUGAAAGCUUUUUGGAAUCAAAUAAAAAUUAUUCAAACCAGGAGAAUAAGUUGUUGAAGGGAUUGGAACACAAUCAAACAUCAUGUGAUGUUGAAACUGAUGAUGUUAAAAGCUCAAAGAAAAAUAAUUUGAUUUUAGAAAAUGAUAAUAGUGAGUCAUGUUCCAUAAACUUAGCAACUGAUGGAAAUAAGCCACACACAGAACAAAAAGCUCAAGAUGAAAGUGACAUAAAAUUGGUAACCAAUGUGAUUGAUGAUGAUCACGAUGGUUAUGAUCACGAUGAUUAUGAUCACGAUGAUUAUGAUCACGAUGAUUAUGAUCACGAUGAUUAUGAUCAAGAUGAUAAUGAAGAAAUCUCAGUACAAAAUGCUCAAGAAAGUGACAUAAAAUUUGUAGCCAAUAUGAUUAAUGAUGAUGAAAGUGACAUAAAAUUUGUGGCCAAUAUGAUUAAUUAUGAUCACGAUGAUGAUGCUCAAUAUGAAAGUGACAUAAAAUUGGUAGCCAAUACGAUUAAUGAUGCUGAAAGUGACAUGAAAUUGGCAGCCAAUAUAAUUGAAGAUGAUGAUGAAAGUGACAAAACUGGCAGCCAAUUACAAAAUGCUCAAGAUGAAAAUGACAUGAAAUUGGUAGCCAAUAUGAUUAAUGAUGAUGAAAGUGACAUAAAAUUGGAGGCCAAUAUAAUUGAUGAUAAUGAUGAAAGUGACAUAAAAUUGGUAGCCAAUAUGAUUGAUGAUGAUAACGAUCACGAUGACGACGAUGAAAAAGAACAAAAAGAACAAACCAGUUUUUAA